AUGGGAAAAUACCAGAAUAUAGCAUACAUCUCAGAUGUCGGUGCUCAAAGAUUGAAACCUCUCUUUAUUGGUGCUUGCACUGUUACAUCCGUGCUUUUCACCCUUUCAUUCAUGUCGGAACGAUGGCUUCGACAUACCGGUCAACUUGCCAGAAAUAAGGGAAAGUGGGAUAAGGGAUUUGCCAUCACCUCUAUAGUAUUUUCCAUGUUUGGGGGUCUCGGACUGAUUCUCCUGUCAAUUUUUGAUACCUUGAGAUUUCCCAUAUUGCACAAUGGGUGUUUGUUCCUUUUCAUGGGAGGAUAUAUUCUGAGUGCAGUCUUUGUGUGUGCAGAAUACCAAAGACUCGGGAUAUAUUAUCGACAACACACUAUUCUAGCGGCAAGCUUUUGGACCAAACUUGCAUUUAUCUUCGUUGAGUUUUCCCUUGCUAUUACAUUUAUAGUUACUGGCAAACAGGAGAAAAAGAAAAACAUUGCUGCAGUAAUGGAGUGGAUUAUUGGAUACAUAUUCACCUUCUACGUCUUUUCCUUCAUAAUCGACCUUCUUCCCUCCGUUAGAACUCGCAACCACAUCCCCCAGGGCAAACGCAUAUCAGAGACAAACCUAGUAAACGCAAUGCAACAAACAUCUCAACCCCAAGUCGAUGUCCAUUACGAACAGCCCCUAACCACUGACUCCAUGGGGGAUAGGGGAAAUGCUGAUCACAGAUACAUCAUAAAUAAACAUGCUGCCAACGGAGGGGUAACUGAACCCUCAGCUAUUGCGGAAACGGGGGGUUACGUGCCAUCUGGCCAGUUGCAUGACCCGCGGACAGAACGAUAG